AUGUUCGUGAUCUGGCUGUGCGAGGCGAUAACAUUUUUCCGCAGCAAGAGUGCUAGCGAGGCUGUGCAGUCCGCCGCUAUGGAGCGAGAGAACCAGCGGCUCACGCGAGAGCUGGAUGAAGCGAAGAGGGAGCGCGAGGAGUGGGCGCUGAGGUUUAGCGAGAAGGAGACCGAAGUUAAGGGCAUUACGGCGGCGUAUUUUGCUCUCCUGGAUGGCGGGGGGAAGUUCAAGUUACGGCAGGAAACACGUUCGGGCAAGGAAGCAAACAAACACGACCGCUCGCUCGCUUCUUCACACCGGCUCACUCACCCCCUGGUCCCCCGGUCCCACAGUCCGUCCACCAUGCCGGCCAAAGCGCCCGUCGACGAAAACAUCGACUUCCACAUGGUAUCCGCCGACUUCGGGAUCAACCCCGCAGCGGCGCGGAUGCGCUGGUCGCGGCUGCGCAAGAACAUCGCGCUGAACAGCGGCUUCAAGAAUGAUCCGAACAUUGCGCUGCUGUACGGGCAGGGCAAGAAGAAGCGCAAGCCGGAGACUGCCGCUGCCGGGGGCAGGGCGAAAAAGGGGAAGUUCGUCAAGGAGGAGUGUGAGGAUGAUGAUGAGGAGGCCGCAGGCCGUACAUGGAGGGUUAAGUCCGAGAUCAAGCUUGAGGAUUCCGAGGGGUUCGGAGGGGGCGGGACUAUUGACGGGGUAUUCGGCGGGAGCGGCGGAGGCGGAGGCGUCGGUACGCAGUACGGCGCUGUCAUGCGGGCUGGACACGCCCCGGGAAAUAGCUUUGCCGUUGAUGGUAGUAUUACGGGUACGAGGGGCGCCAGUGUGGGAGCUACCUUCGGAAGCUUGGCCGCAAGCAUGGAUAGUUCCUUCCCAGCCUUCAACCAUGGAGCCGGACGCCUCACGAUCGGCGGGGAUGUGGGGGAAGUGGCGAUGACCGAUAGUAGGGAUCUCCAGCCGUUCGCCACUAGAGAAGAUGUGCCUAUGAUCCACAGGGUGUGGGCAGCCAGCACCGCUAUCAGUACUACUAGGCCUCGUACCAACCCGGGUAGCGGUACCUCGAUGGAACAACGUUCGACUUCGCUAGAAGCCGUUUCUACUGGCUCCUCUGGCCCCAACUCUAGGGGGGGUACUAGGCUGGCCGCGCUCUCGUUGCCACCCGAUAACAGGAUGUCGACUCCCACUAUCGAUAUGAACAUCGAUAUCAUCUCGCCUGUGCCUAGUGCUGAAAUCGAAGCUGCAGCUUUCGCACACACGCCAGCCCCUAUCGUUCCGUCGGCUGAUCAUGACAUCGAACGCAACGUCCUUACCGUCGUCAACGACAUAGACAAGGACAAGGGCCAGGGCACGGACGGGAAUAUUGCCCCACCCACUAGCAGCAGCACCGCUGAAACCGAAACCACAGCCGCAAUCGACGACAAGGGCGAAAUCACCCCUUCGAUUACCUCGAUCACGCAAGAGCAGGAGGAGGUGCAUGAGCGUGAGCAUGUCGCCGAAGACACUGCAGCAGCAGUCGUUUCGCUCCAGCCAGUCGCACCCGCGGACAAGGAUGGCUCUGACACCGACAUGUACACGGUCAGCGGGGAGCAGAAGGGAGCGGUCGAGCAGAUGGGGCAAGGCUGCAACAUCGAUAUGGAAUUGGAUGGUGGUGGUGGUGGUGAAAAUGAGACCUGUCGUAACGACAAGGAAGUCGGUAUUGGUGGUGUUGGUGUUGUUGGUGGUGUUGGUGGCGGUGACAGCAGCACUAUCACUAUCACGGAACCCCGGAAGAACCUACCCACCGGCAGCCUAGAGGAGGAGGAAGCGGAGGACGACGACGUCGAGCAUCGUGUCGUGGUCGUCAAAGAAGAAGAAGUAAUAUACGCUCCAGGCCACAGCGGAAACGUCAGCAGCAGCGGGAAUACGAAGGAGGAGGGUGAGGAGGAGGAGGAGAAGAAGCAGAAAAAUGACAGCGCAUUGCUAGUCGAAUCCAAGGAUAAGAAGCUUAAUACCGCAGCUUAUGGUUCUUGCGAAGAUGACCUCAGACCUGGUCUCAGCUGCUCCGAGUUGUCGGACGUCGACGAACGUCAACCCCCCGAACACCACGACGAUGGUUCCACUUCCAUCGUCGUCGAUGAGUCCCACUCACAUCUGUCGGUGGUGCACCUCACCCUCCCCGCUGCCCCCGAGCAGGCUUCUGCCUCAGACACCGACGACGAGGAGCAGGAGGUGAAGGAGGAGGAGAAGGAAGAAAACACCGUGCCGCUGUCUCACAGCACUGCCAAGGAUUCGCCUGCUGGUGCCUCCACUGCUGCCUCCGCUGCUGCCUUCGCUGUUGAGACUAACGACAAUAAACUCCCCCCAGCGACUGGACGCUUGCUCCGCAGCAAGACCGGUGCCAAACCGAAGGCGGUGGUGGUGGUGGCCGGCCAGCAACCAAUUACCAUCGACACUUCGGACGAAGAGGGGGUAUCGGAAGAGGAGACGCUCGAGGAGGGGGAGGAGGCAUCGGAAGAGGAGGAGGAGGAGCACUACGAGGAAGAGGACAGCGACGGUGAAUAUGUUGAGUAG